AGAUCAGCCGACAGAGGGCAGGCAGGCACCAAACGGACUCGGACUAAAGUCCAAUGUUUUUGUUUGGGUUGAGCAGAGCUGGACCCAACAUUUAACUGUAGCUACAUUCAGAAGAUAACUACAGUAAAGCAUAAAUGUAGAGAAGAAACGGCCUCUUUCAGCUCAACUGAGAGAGGUGUCUCAUAAUAACGUGGACUCGGGAAGAGAAAGAGGAGCCAGUUGAUAUGGAGGGUGAGAAGGAAGGAGACGAUCUUGAAACCAGAUGGACUGAAGAACUCAGGCUGGUCCUCAUCGGAAAGACCGGAUCAGGCAAGAGUGCGUCAGGAAACACCAUCCUGGGCCAGAGGCAGUUCCUGUCACAGAUCAGUGCCAGCUCUGUCACCCAGAUUUGCCAGCUUGGGAGCACUGAUCUCACAGAGGAAGAGGAGGAUGGUCAAACUGUCACACGGAGGAGGAGGAGGAGAGUCACGGUGGUUGACAUGCCGGGCUUUGGGGACACUCACCUGAGUGUGGAGCAGAUCCAUGCAGAGGUAGCCAAAUGUGUGUCUCUCUCUGCUCCUGGGCCACACGCUUUCCUGCUGGUGGUGCCGAUAGGGCGAUAUACAGACAAUGAGAACCAGGCUGCCUGCGAGUUGACCAAGAUAUUUGGGGAGGAUGCAGUCCGUCACCACACAGUCGUUCUUUUUACCAGGGGUGAUGACCUGGAGGGCAUAGGGAUUGAAGAUUAUCUGAGGGAGACCGCACCUGCUGGUCUUAAAGCUCUGAUUGAGAGGUGUGGGGGCAGGUACCAUGUACUCAACAACAAAGACCCCAGCAACUUGGUGCAGGUUAAAGAACUCUUAAUGAAGGUGGGCAACAUGGUGAAAGAGAAUAACGUAGGGUUUUACACCAAUACCAUGUUUUUCGAAGCAGAGGCUGCCAUCAGGGAGGAGCAGAAAAGGAUGUUGAGUGAGCGAGGGCAAGCAGAGGGGGAAGAACAAAAUGGAAGCAUGGAAGAACAGGAUACACUUGCUAAACGAAGAAAGUGUGACUUGGAGUUUAACAGAGUAGAGAGCACCGAUAGAGGAUCACAAGGGGCCAGGAGGAGGGAGUUACAGAGAGGAAGGGAAGAGGAUUUUAGGGUGGAGAGGUGGACAGAGGAGAGCAGAGGCAACGCCUUCAGCUUGAUGAGAGACAGAGUUGAACGAUGCAGGGACCAGUUCAGAGGCAUGCGCACAGACCACAGCAGGUCUGUGAGCAGGCACCAGUCUCUCCGUUCAUCCCACAUGAGGAGGGAGGCUGCGCUCUCUGCUAAGGUGCUAGAGAGAGUUAAGAUCCUGGUGGCUGCUGGAGCCACGGGCAUGGCCGUGGGGGCCGUGUUUGGGGCAGCUGCCCCUUUAGCAGCCGCAGCAGGGGCAUCUCUUAUGGGGAACUCUGUUGGUUUUGCUGCAAGUCAGUUAGCUGGGAUGUCUGUAGCGGGAGGCACGAGUGUUGCGAACGCUGUUGGGGCCAUAGUGGCGGCAGCCUCAGGGAAAACUGCAGUGGCUCUGGGGGCAGCAACAGGUGGAGUUUUGGGUGGUUCUCUCGGAGCCCUUGCUAGUGCUGAAGCUACCAGUCCAGGGGAGGGCGCUCUGGAUGCCCUGGGGCAGGUCAGUGUCAUCGGGGCAUCCGCUGUGGGGGUCGCAGCAGGUGUAGGAGGCACCAUGGGAGCUGGGGCUGCGUUAGGCGCAGCUCUGGAGGGAGCAGCUUUCAGCACAGCAGCACUCUGUGGAGCUGAAACUGCAUCAGUAGGGGGCGGGGCAGCAGGUGUAGCCAGCGCUUUUGUAGCUCAGAGUAGUUUAGCUUCACCAGCAGGGCAGCAUGCAGUGGCCACUGUAGGAAGUGUAGCUGCAGGUACUGGGACUCCUCAGUGUGCUGCAGUCGGAGCAGCAUUAGCUCGGGAGAUGGUUGCAAAUGCCCCUGUGGCUGCUGGGUCUCCUGGUGUUCUAUGCGGGUAUACAGGGCCCAGUGUGGCAUCAGUGGCCAGCAGCGUUGUGUCAGACCCCUGGGCUACUGUAGCGGUAUCGACACGCAUCAUUAGUGCAGUGGCUGAGAUAGGCAAGGUUGCAGCAGGCAUUGCCCUGGCUGGUGGUCUGGUGGUGAAGGUGGUGAAGGAAAAAAUCAGAUGUGGCACAGGAACAACUGAAGCCAGUUACUCAGAAAAGAAGUCGUAUGAGAUCUACUGGAACAAACAGGCCUAAUCCAGUGAGUGAGAUCAUAUUCAUAUUUUAUUCCUGGCCUCCUGGUAUUACACUCCAGAGUAGCUUCUCUCAGAGAGAGUUAUGGCUGUGCCAUGGGAAGCAAACCACCUCAAAUAUGCAAUCACAAAUUAUAAUGGAUAAAGUAGAGCAUAAAUUGUAAUUGCAAAUAUUGGUUGGAGCUGUUUGAGUCUCGUGAAUUUGCAGUGCUGUGUGGGAGGACUAAUAAAGACAAACACAUUUUAUCUAAAUCAAUUUUUAUAAGAUUGUGAUUAUUCUCAUAGCAGUUUUGGUUACAAACCAGACCUAAUGUCUUUAUACACAGUUUUUUUUAAUAAAGAGAAAAUAAAAAGAGAUAUUUACUUCUGGGUUGCUGAAAAUGUCACAGUUCAACCGUGAGCUCAGUUGAAUGAAUUACAUUAAUUUCAUAAAAGAUUUCAAUUUGACUUUCUAAAGAAGAAUAAGAAAUGUCCUCAGGCGUGUGUUUCCUGUGUAAGAUGAAGGUGUUUGUGUAAUCAAUCUUACUCAUUGCAGUGAUUGGUGUUGAAAAUGAACAAAAAGACAAAAGUAUUAAAUCCUAUAUUUAAAGUGUUUGUACUGACAGUAGGUGGUUGUAUUGCAGUGUUUCACAUCCUGUAAUAUUUAAACCGUUUUUUCACUUAUGUUUAAACAUUAGUUUUGACCAGCCUGUUUUCAACUGGUGUAAAUGUAUCAGCAGUUCAGUGUAUUCACUUUGUUGCAGUGAAAUAAACAAAAAAUAAAGUAUUUUUCCUUUGUU